AUGAACUACAUUGAGCCUUUCGUGUUGGACGAUUGGGGUACAUGCGUUGAUCCGCUUUCCCUUGACGAGCUCUUCGCGCUUUCAGCUGAAGGCACAACGACAUCUCUCGAUACAUCAACUCCGAUAAGCUACGGCUCUGUAACUGGCCAGCCCCAGCUACGCGAGCGUAUCAUUGAGUAUUAUCAGUCUCAACUUUCAAAAAACGUCACAGAUCUUCAUGUGGCUAUUACGCAGGGUACUAUCUCAGCGAAUUAUCUAGUUCUCGACACCUUCCUUCGUCCAGGUGAUCAUAUCAUUGUCCAAUAUCCUACUUACCAACAGCUCUUCUCUGUGCCUCGUCGAAGAGGUAUUGGCAUCUCGCUCUGGAAAGCGGAUCCCAAUAACGACUGGAGUCUGGAUCCGGAGCAACUGAAGCAACUCGUAAAGAAAGGCAGGACGAAGAUGAUCGUCAUCAAUAAACCCAAUAACCCUACAGGAGCUCCAAUUCCGUCUGCCGUAUUGGGUGAACUCGUCAAAAUCGCUGCUGAGAACAACAUCAUUAUCCUGGCAGAUGAGGUUUUUCGUCCAUUGUAUCACGGCGUGAAUCCAGAUAUUGGGAAUUCACCAUCAAUCAUUGCCUGGGCGGGAUGCUAUAGGAAUAUUAUAUCGACUGGAUCAUUAUCCAAGGGAUUCGCUCUCCCCGGUCUUCGAAUUGGAUGGGUUCUGUCACCAAAUCUGCAAAUUAUCGACGAGAUCAACCUUGCCAGAGACUAUAUCACUCUGUCAGUGUCCGGAAUUGAUCAGGAACUUGCGACUUUUGCUCUUUUGCCUGAUAUUCGGACAAAGAUACUAUCUCGGUCAGAGAAGAUAUGUGCCUCAAACUUGGCGUUACUUACCGACUUUAUUGAAAAGUGGAAAAGCAAAGGCCGGCUGAGUUGGGUGAAACCAGUUGUAGGAGCAUCGGCAUUCAUACAGGUUUUUGAUUCUACUGGACACCCCGUGAAUGAUAAGGAGUAUUGCGAAAGAAUGAUCCGGGAUAUAGGGUUGUUGAUUGUACCAGGCGGGUAUACGUUUGGUAAUGGGGAGGUUGGUAAUGGUGAAAGAUGGGAUUUCAAGGGGUAUCUCAGGAUUGGGUUUGUCUGUGAGAAGGAGUUACUUACGGAAGCAUUACGGGUUUGGGGUGAAUAUUUGGGAAAGGAUUGA